AUGGCGGGGCGAAAUGUGGGAGUGCCGAGAUGCGGUGCUGCAGGUACUCAGUCGCGCGGGCAGCUUGCAGCUGGACAGGACCUCCUCGCCCGGGAGCAAGAGUACAAACGUUUAAAUGCAGAAUUGGAGGCAAAAACUGCUGAUCUGGUUAGACAAGCUGAUGAAGCAAUAAGAGAUCAGCAAGAAGUACGAGCUAGGCCUUUUUCAACAAAAAUUACAUCAUGCAAAGAGGAAGAUGGUUCCAGUACAAGAGAUCUGUUGUCAUCUGAAGGGAUGGCUCAUCUAUGGUCAGAAACCAAGCCAAAGAUCAAAAGCACUGGUCCUGUAAACAAGGUUCAAACCAGACUUCACUCUGCAGAGAAAGAAAGGAAAACAAAUUCAAGUGUUAAGCUGAAAUAUCCCAGUGUACAGACUGCCAAUGAUGUGGCCAUCCCAGACGAUUUCUCAGACUUCUCCCUUGCCAAGACAAUUAGCAGAAUUGAAGGGCAACUGGAAGAGGACAGCUCGCCAGGGCACGCUGAUGACGACAUUCUCUGUGGUGUCAGUAAGGACAUUGGGACAGAGGCUCAGCUCAGAUUUCUAAAGGCCAAACUCCAUGUGAUGCAGGAGGAACUGGACAGCGUUGUGUGUGAAUGCAAUAAGAAGGAGGAUGAAAUUCAGGACUUAAAGUCCAAGGUGAAAAACUUUGAAGAAGACUGUGUGAAACAGCAGCGAACAAUUACUUCACAGCAGUCUCAAAUAGAAAAGUAUAAGAACCUUUUUGAAGAGGCAAACAGCAGAUGUGACGGACUUCAGCAGCAGCUCUCGUCGGUAGAGAGGGAAUUAGAAAAUAAAAGAAGAUUACAAAAGCAGGCCGCUACAAGUCAGAGUGCCACAGAAGUUCGCCUGAAUCGCGCUCUUGAAGAAGCGGAGAAGUACAAAGUGGAGCUGAACAAACUCAGGCAAAGUAACAAGGAUAUUGCAGAUGAGGACCACCAAAAAAUCGAAGUGUUAAAAUCAGAAAACAAGAAGCUAGAAAGACAAAAAGGAGAAUUAUUGAUAGGGUUCAAGAAACAAUUGAAAUUAAUUGACAUUUUGAAAAGGCAGAAGAUGCACAUUGAAGCUGCCAAGAUGCUGUCUUUCAGCGAGGAAGAGUUUAUGAAGGCUCUCGAGUGGGGCAGUUCAUGAGUGAGCGACUUCAACGUGACGCUUGUUUGUGAGCGUUUAUCCAACAUCGAAUUGUAGUUUUUCUUUGCUGUUCAUAAAUAAUGAGAUGUUUGUGAAAUAAAAAGCUCAGGGAUCAGCCUGCUGAAAUAAACCGUGUUUGGGAGAACAUUCUAAGGCAAGGCCAGACUACACUACUGGCCUUACUCCCUUUUUCUUUGAUAGUUGUACCAUAAAGAAGCAAGACUUUGAUUUUUAAUUCUUUUUUUAUACCUCAUUAGAUGGGGCAUAGGGCAGAACAAGAUUCCAGAGAUACUCUACCUCAGCUAGGUGGUUACCUGUUACCCAAGGCUGCUGCAUUCGAACAGCGGUGAUGCAGGUGGGACCCUGUGUUCAGUAAUUCAGAGACAGUGUGGAAAGAGCGCCGAGUAACACCUAGGUAAAAGUGACAGCUCCUGGUUACAGCAAAGAAAACUUUGUUGACGAGGGCCGGACAGUUUACCCUUCCUCUAGCACAGCACAGAGAUACACAGAGAGACAGCUAGGGAAAAGAAACUUCAUUGGUCUCCAGCACUGGGCCCAUGACAGUAAAACUCAGCAGACUCUUGGCCCUAGACCAGUAAACAUGCCUGCCCUGAUGUUAAAAUGGAAUCUAUGGUUCCUGCAAGAUAGACCUAAGUUCCAACCCAUAUCCGGUCUGGCUGACUGCAGCAGCCUUGCAUUGUGUAUGCACUUAGGACCCUCCAUAGCUGGCUGGCCUCAGCUGUGUACCCCGCCAGCUGCCAACCCCAUCCCAGGUGCUGUGGCGGCAUAGAUGGCCGUGGUGUAGUCCACACUGAACUAGCGUGCUGACCUUGGGCUUGAGGCACCCUGUAGUGUUGCAGGGGCUGCAAUGAACUGAGAUCAAGACAAGAGCAUUUGGACACUCUAGGCCAAAGCCAGGCUGCAAAGUCUGAAGGAAGUGCCUGCUUUCCCAGUGCAUGGGUGGUGAGGUCUGCCAUGAGGAUUAAAAUGGGGGGAGACAUCACCAAAUAAACUAAGGUGCCUGAGACUGACCCCAAGGUGAUGGACAUACACAAACUCAAUAAAAGAGAUUUGGCUUUUUAUUUAAAAAUGAAAAUUCAGUGAACAAAAUGAAAAUGCAGAGUAGAGUAUCAAGUGUCAGCAGAAGGAUCUGUCACCCUAGAGACGGGCAAUACAGUCAGGAGAGGAAGGAUCUGUCACCCUAGAGACCGGCAAUACAGUCAGGAGAGGAAGGAGUCCAGCUCACAAGUAAACCCAGGAGAAGCUGGCUCAUAAAGGGGUAGGAGAAAAAGGGGGAGCGAUGAAAGAAACAACACCUUCUCAAUUCCAACAUAAAAUGUUCAGGACAGGAAGAUCAGAGGCCUCAAAUGAUUUAAUCCAAGUAAGACCAAUCCAUGGCAUAGUAUCAGCCUGCCAAAGACAGACAACACAUCCUAAAAGGUUCCCAUUUAAAGGAGUUGGACACCAGGCAGCUCAUGUCUCUCAGAAACCUAGAAGGCAGUAAGAGAAUGGAGUGAUAAAUUCAAAGCUCUGAAUGACAAAACUACAAAACCUGCCAAGAAUAGUGAACCCAGCUCAGUCGUCCUCCAGAGAUGGACAGGGUAUGUUUUCUCAAACCAGCCUGUGAGUUCAUCACCUCAGCUGAAAGAAGGGGAUGCUGACAGUAGGCAUGGAUGAAGUUCAGUUCAGUCAAACUGAGAGCAUGCUAACACUGACGGAGCCAUGAAAAUCACUUCCAUCUUUAUAAGGUGGAAGUGUUUUUUUAAAAAGUGGCAACAAUCUGGUCAAGGGUCUACCGUUUGAAAGAUGUAACUGUGAACUGCACACAAAACAGAGUGCAAAAGAAAUAUAUGUAUGCUGCUUUCCUGUAAUCAAAGUUACCAACAUAAAACAACAAGAACUUGUACGAGAUCCACGGGUAAAAAGCAAUGGUUAAACAUAUUAGAGAAAAGCUCUAAACUGUGAAGAAAUUAAGAAGAAAAGAUUCAGCAAAGCAGUGACUCUCGGUACUGUAUGAGUGGAUUAAGUUUUCCAAUUAGAGAACCUGAUAGAGGUAGGAUUAGUCAGGGUCUCUAUUGCUUUGACAAAACACCAUGGCCAAAAAGCAAGGUAAGGAGGAAAAGGUUUAUUCAGCUUACACUUCCACAGUGCUGUCCAUCAUGGAAGAAGUCUGGGCAGGAACUCAAACAGGGCAGGAACCUGGCGGCAGGAGCUGAGGCAGAGGCCAUGGAGGGGGGCUGCUUAUUGGUGUGUUCAGUCUGUUUUCUUAUAGAACUCAGGACCACCAGCCCAGGAAUGGCAUCACCCACCAUGGGCUGGACCCUCCUCCAUCAAUCACUAAGAAACUGCCCUACAGCUGGGGCUAAUGGAGGUAUUCUCUCAAUUGAGGGUCCUUCCUCUCUGAUGACUCUAGCCUGUGUUGACACACAGCCAGCUGCUCCAUAGAGGGACUAAACAAAUUCAUGAUGCCUCUAAAAGACUCAUUUAACAGAACAGACACUGGAUGUGGAGGGAUGGCAAACAUAUAGUCUAUGAAAAUGGGAACUGCCAGAAGACUAGCACACACCUUUAAUCCCAGCACUUGGUAGGUAGAGGCAG